UCCUCUUCCUCGUGCCGUGGCUUCCCGAAUGGCUUCUGCGCCGCAACAAUCCUUGCCAUCUCCACCUCUCUCCUCUUCCUCCCCCCAGCUGUGCGGCCCUGCAGCGAGUGUAUCGCAACGAGCCCCUGCACCCACUGCCUCCUGCCUUGGUGCAGAGCCACGUGGAGGCAUUCUCCACCAGUGGCGCGCUGACAGCUGGCAUCUCGUACCACAGGGCGUUCCUUAGGGGGCUGUGGCGGUUCGGCCGCCCAGUACCCGUGCCGCACAGGGUGCUCGUGCUGUGGGCAGGAAAGGACAAAUACGCCCGCCCACACAUGGCGGAGCCGCCGCCCGCCCUUGUGCCCAACACUCAAGUGGUUCAUUUUCCCGACCUCACGUAUUGGAUGAUGUGGGAUGAUCCAAACCAACAUCGUAGUGGCGCAGCGGAGAUGCGCGUGAAGCGGCAGCGGGAGGUGCGGCGCCAUGUGCGCUUCUACCGCACGAGCUGCGGCUUCCGCGAGCCGUUCAAGGCCGUCGCGGACGGCACGUUUCUGCACCACGUCAUGCGCCUCCGCCUAUCGCCGCUCGCCACGUCACUUCCUAAGCUCCUCGGCUUCCCAACACGAGUUUACAUCACACGGUGCAUUCUGGCAGAGCUGCAGCGCCUGGGGGACGCCUUCAAGGACACACGCUUUGCUGCCCGCCAGCUGGAGGUCGCCAGGUGCACGCAUGAGGGCGACGGGGCAGUGACAGCAUUUAGUGCAUCCAACUCCUCAUGGCGGUUGUUGAGAAUUCUAAAAAACCAGCUCGUGGCAGCACCAGGUGGUAACCAGCUCGUGGCAGCACCAGGUGGUAACCAGCUCGUGGCAGCACCAGGUGGUAACCAGCUCGUGGCAGCACCAGGUGGUAACCAGCUCGUGGCAGCACCAGGUGGUAACCAGCUCGUGGCAGCACCAGGUGGUAACCAGCUCGUGGCAGCACCAGGUGGUAACCAGCUCGUGGCAGCACCAGGUGGUAACCAGCUCGUGGCAGCACCAGGUGGUAACCAGCUCGUGGCAGCACCAGGUGGUAACCAGCUCGUGGCAGCACCAGGUGGUAACCAGCUCGUGGCAGCACCAGGUGGUAACCAGCUCGUGGCAGCACCAGGUGGUAACCAGCUCGUGGCAGCACCAGGUGGUAACCACCACCACUUUCUUCCGCUCACUCCUCUCCCCCUACCACUUCUCGGCCCCCUUUCCAGGUGCACGCAUGAGGGCGACGGGGCAGUGACAGCGUCGGAGUGCAUACAGCACCUUGUGGCGGGUGGUAACCACCAGCACUUCUUCGUUGCCUCACAGGACAUUGAACUCAAGAAGCUUCUCAAGAAGUUUCGCUCGUUUUAG